CUUAUGUCAGUUGAUGCAUUUGUUAAACAGAACUUAAAGGCUACACUCCAAAAACUUGCACUAAAGUAUAAUGGUCUAUUAUUUCUGGACAGUGUGAUCUAUGGUAUAAAUCGUCGUAUUCAUAUUUCGCUGAUAAUGUCCAGUUCAUCAACAAAAUUUCAAGGACAUGCCAAAUAUAAAAUAUGGAAGAAGUGGCAGCUGUUCCACGCUACGGACUUUCAAUCGUUGAUGUAUCCGUGCUUCACCUUCUGCAGUGUCCUCGGAAUAUUUCCGUACAAAAUCAACGGCUCGACCUUCGAGACUUCCAAACAGCGUUACAUUCUAUCAACCGCCAUUCUCUGUAUUCUCUGCAUUUACGAGUUAAUAGUGCUCUAUGAGAUUGACAUUGCCGGAACGAUCAGAUUCAAAGGUGUACCUAAGACUCUCGAACGCAACUGCUUUUACAUACUCAGUAGCUUUAUUGCGAUCGUUACAUACAUUUUGAGCGGUCCUCGAAUGCACUUGCUCCAGACCAUAAUGAAUGUCUCUUCGAAACUACCACUUAAUUCGUAUCAAAAACUUUCUAGACUGAUUCACACUAAGGAUAUCGUCGGUUUCUCCUUUCUAGUCACGCACGCGAUAUUCUAUUACUCCACGUUGGAUUUCGAUACUUGGCAUAAGGCUUUUGUACCGUACAUUACUCUGCUGGCGUUUCAGAUGGAUAUGCUAUAUAUGAAUUGUGUUUGUAUAUUAAAGGCCUGUUUUAAGGAAAUCAACGAUAAUCUAUCGAAAUUGAGGGAGCUCGUGGUGAACGAUGAGCCACAACUUGUGAGGCACAUUUAUCACGAGCACAGAAAUCAGAAUCCAUUCCUGCUGCUGGAACUUAAAGCUUUGAAAAAACAUCAUUUGGUAGUUAGCGACACCGUGCAAAUAUUGAACAUGAUUUUCAGUCUACAGAUCCUCACAACUAUAGUUAUGACUUUUGCCGAAAUCACUUUUCUACUGUAUUUCUAUAUACUGCAUUGGAAAGUUGGCACAUUACUGAGCAAUCUAAAUCCUGAAUUAUACGAUACAGCAUUGGUAUUAUCUAUAAUAUAUUAUAGUAUAAAAAUAGUGUUGAUUGGAUGGGCUUGUGAUACAGGCAAAGAUCAAGCCACGAGGAUCGGUACUACCAUUCACGAAAUACUUAACAGCACUAUUGAUAAGCAAAUCAAAGACGAGUUGCAGCUGUUUUCCUUGCAAGUAUUACAUCGCGAUAAUACAUUUUCCGCCAAAGGUCUUACAAUAGAUUCAACGCUUCUCGUUGCGAUAGUGGGUAACAUUACUACGUAUCUAUUGAUUUUGAUACAAUUCUUAGUUGCUGAGCAGAUUUGAAGUGAA